CAGGCACAUUAUUACAUGCAAUGGCAUCACCAGCUUUGUUAAUUUUCCUUCAUACUAAAAGUUGAAAGAAUCAUGGAGAAUAAACUCUAAUCUGGUGUUAAGCUUUUUUGUGAGAUCUCCAUCCCGAAUACUGCUUACUUUCCCACAUUGAGCUUAGUCGUUCGAGUUAGUAGAUAGAAUGUUCUUCCAUACUCUGGCAUUUCGUACCUUGAAGUAACCUUCUUUGGGAUGGCUGUUUUACUCUUUGUCUCCAUUUUCAUCAUGAUUGGCUGGUUUAGCGAUUUUGUGUUUCUUUACAGAAUUUUAGAAAGGGGUUUCUAUUUAGUGCCUUGCCUAACUUCACUUCUCCAGAAGAUCUUUAAAGCGGAAUGGCAUCUCCCGAAUGCCAAAUAGUGAGAAUUGUAGCAUGACGAGUAUAGCUUGUGAUCAAUAUCAUUGACUCCUAUUCUUUAUUCUUUCGCUAUGAUUUAACUUACAAGAGGAUUCGAAAGUUACUGAUCUUUGCUACCGCCUAGUGGUACAUUUUAUUCCUUUACGAGCAGUCGUCUGAAAAAGGGUUUGCUAUAUUUUUUCCUUUUCGCAACGAAAAGAUCAUUCAUUUUAAGUUCACACAACUUUAGCAGUGCCUGUCUUCUCAACAACUAGCCAAUAUGGCGCCGAUCACUUUCAACUUCAAGCUACUACUUGGACGUGCAGAAGGAACUCCUUCACACCCUACUCUCUCUGUUGAGCAUCUUCCACCAUCAGUUCUUGAACAAAUCGGAGUACAACAGCCUCCGCCAGGUAUCAAGGCUAAUUUCGUUGAUCCCGAAAGCAUAGGAGGUGUACUUCUAGCUUUCUCAAUUAUCGGAAUUGUCAUCAUGUCAAUAUGUGUUGCUAUUAGAGGAUGGGUAAUAUUCAAACUCAUACGGCCUAUAAAGUGGGCCUGGAGCGAUACUGUUUUCACGGUCGCUGUACUCGCUGCAUUGGCAAUGUUCAUCGACUUGAUAGUAAGCACACAAUCUUUUCGUUCCCAGCCCCGUAUAUCUAAACAUUCUCUCAUAUACAGUCACCACUUUUCCAAGACAAACUUUCCUGAAAGUACUUACUGACUGUGACUGGUAUUUUAGUUGACCGUUACCGGUAAAGGGCAGAUCGGUAUUCAUCAGUGGAACGUCCAAGUAUCUAGUAUCGUCUUAUCAAGCAGAUUUUUCAAAACCGCUGCAGUCAUUAGCCUUCUUACUCCUAUAUGUCUUGGUCUAAUCAAAAUCACCAUUUUUUUAACGUACAUCGAAAUAUUCUCUCGACUAAGGUGGAUCAAAAUAUCAUGCUGGGUUGGUAUCGUAAUCACUUCGAUAUUCUAUCUGAUAGUUAUGUCCUGCGCCAUCUUUUGGUCAUUCCCACAUAUAGGAGAAACAUUUGUCGAGCAUUACUUGAAAGCUGUGGGGGCAAUUAAAUCCCAAGAACUCAGUAUACCGACGGCUUCGGUGGGACUAACAAUUGACGUAUAUCUUUUCCUUAUUCCUGCGCUCGCGGUUAGUGGGCUUAAAAUGCAGCGGAAAAAGAAAGUGGCUGUCAUGCUCAUUUUCACAACUGGAUUCCUGUAGGUUUCUCUUUCUCCAUCUCCGAGUCAGUUCCUCCGUCCCGAAUAAAUUAUCGAGAAAUCCCGCGGAGCCAUUUAUUGACAAUAUGCAGUGCCAUUAUAGCCUCAAUUCUAAGCAUCAUAUACCGUGUCAAUAUGAACAGACACAUUGAUCACACAUGGAACUCGGUCGCUGUAUGGGCACUCACUGCGGGAGAACUAUGGAUCGGCUUGAUUAUCGCCUGUACGCCACAUUUUACAAAAUUCUUCCGCGUAUGUCAAAAAGUAUUUUCCAGAUUUGGAUCGGUAAUAAGGUAUUGGCUUUGCUGUUGCUGCAUGUCUUGGAAAGAAAUGGACUCGAGGAGAUCUGCGGCGAGGUCUAGUAAGAAAUUUGAGGAGACCAGCGCGAAAAGUAGUGAUAAGAGUGAGGGUUCACAUUUUUCAGAGCCGGAAAAGCCGAAGAAACAUGUAAAUUUGUAUCCGAAUCUCGAUAUUACCACGGUAAACAGGACUCUCAUCGAACAGAAGGACUGGUGAGAUAGAAAGGUUUUUGAAGGGGUGGGCGAGAUGCGGAAAAUGGCAUGGAUUAUGACCGCGGACGGCGCAGCUACGUUGACAGAGAUAAUCAUGACGGGAGGCGGUUAUUUUCCAUCGUUUACUCUAAUAUUUCUUUGUUCAGUAAAGAUUACCGCUUUGCCAAUGAUUGACCAUCCAUCCAUUGUGAUUGUGGAGUUUUACAUGGAGAAUUACUACUCUUGAUCAUGAGAGAAUUUGUCAUAUCUGUAGAUGAAGUUUUACCUCCCGGAUAUGUUGUUUCGGGCUGUUCUGUGCAACCCUUGAUGAUCUGUAAGAUAGUUAAGAUGAGGAGUGCGUAAGGUUGUGAAAUG